CUCUGUUCUAUCCAAGAAAUAUUGGGUCCUCCAAUUUUGCACUUUUUUGCCCCUUCCAUUUUCACACAGUCGUUUGAUCUUUUGCCGACUUUUCCAAUUACUUCUUGUUUUUUUCUUCACUGUUAUCUCUUCCCUGAUAUUAUUGUUCUCACCAACAAGCCCUCUUACCUGAUCACAGAAAAAUACAAUAGUAAUUUUGAGAAAGUAUACAUCUUUUUUGCUUCUGUGUGCUUCAGAAAUCUCUUGAUUUCUAUGUAAAGAAUCUGUUUUGGGUUUCUGGGUCGGUAGAAUUCUUGUUUUUUCUGGUGGGUUUUGCUUGGUUUUCUUCAAUUUUGAUUGAUUUUGUUGAAAAGGGCAGAAAUUUGAUGUAAUUGGACGGAUUUCUUUGAAUUUUGGAACUUGAAUGUAUGGUAAAGUUUCCUUUUUUUGGAUUGAAUUAAUGAAUGUUGGAGAUUGGGUGAACCUGUUGAGAAGCUAUUAGGGGGAAGAAAUGAAGAGAGGAAAGGGUGAAGAGAAGUUAAUGGGACCUAUGUUUCCAAGGCUUCAUGUUAAUGAUACAGAAAAGGGAGGUCCAAGAGCACCUCCAAGAAACAAAAUGGCUCUUUAUGAGCAGCUCAGUAUUCCUUCUCAGAGAUUCAAACAUGGGAUUUCGAAUAAUCCUAACAAUGCAAAUAUCCAGGGGAAUGGACGUGAAAAUGAUGAUUUUUUCUCAGUACAACUUCCUCCAUCAAGACAUCCUACUGAAAAUCCACAUUCCUGCAGUUCAAAUUCAAAAACUCCUUUGCUGCCAGUUGAGUCUAACAAGAAAACAGAAGAGGAUGACUUCAGUGUUCCUGUAUUUGUUAAAUCCAAGGCGGGCCAAGGAGAUGGAAAGCUUUAUAGUACUCUGGAUGGUAGAAAGCUCUCUGCCUCUACUGCAGUACUUUCGGGGCAUUCUAGAAAAGACUUGAAUGACGAGAACUCCAAACAGAUCGCCGUAGGCAGAAAGAUUUCGUGCAACUCUACCUCAAUUCCAUCAAUGGAUAAGCUAGAUGAUGUUCUGAAGAAAGCUGAUGUACAAUUGCAAUAUGAACCGAGAGAUGACCCUGAUAAUACUUUUGGCAUAUUUUGUAAGAAUGAUCUCCUACGACCGGAAUGCAGAGUUGAUUCUCAAGUUGGUGGCACCAUGCUAUCUGAACCUGUUAGGGUUGUUGAUAAUGGUGAUUCUUCUCUUCUUGUGAAGGAUGUUGCAUCAAAAGAGCAGAUAAGUCCUAAUAAUAAUCACAGUAAUGAUAAGGAAUCAAAGGAAGACAAGGCAUCUGAAUCAUUACAAACAAAAAUUGUGGACCAGGGUGACGACUUAUCAGAGACUUCCAUGGUGGAAUCUAUAUCUGGAAUGUACAUAUCUCCUGACGAUGUUGUUGGGAUAAUAGGUCAAAAACAUUUCUGGAACGCCAGAAGAGCUAUUGCCAACCAGCAAAGAGCGUUUGCGGUUCAAGUUUUUGAGUUGCAUCGUCUAAUAAAGGUCCAGAGACUCAUAGCUAGUUCACAAAGCAUGCUUGAAGAUAGUGCUUAUUUAAGCAAAGCUGUAAAGGAUUCAUCUGCUAAAAAGCUUCCGUUGGAGUAUAUUGUCAGAGAUGGUCACAAUGUUUCGAAGCAGAGGAAGAAUUUUGAGAAGCCAAACACUAGGAUGGAAUGUUCUGCGGAAAAUACAGUAGGCAAACCUGUGAAGGAUUCAUCUGCUAAAAGACUUCCGUUGGAGUAUAUUGUUAGAGAUGGUCACAAUGUUUCAAAGCAGAGGAAGGAUUUUGAGAAACCUAACUUUAGUAUGGAAUGUUCGGCUGAAAACACAGUGGGAAAGGCAUCCUUCUCUUCUGUGCAAAAUAAUAGCCAGCCUUCAAGCUACAGUUUGUUUCCAGGUCACCUAAUAACAAAUGACUCCACCAUGGGUCCUUGGAGCUUCAAUCAACCCUCAGGGCACCAAUGGUUGAUCCCAGUCAUGACUCCUUCCGAAGGACUAGUAUACAAGCCAUAUCCUGGACCCGGAGUCACAAGUUCAAUCUGUGGAGGUUAUGGACCCCCAGGAUCGACUCCGAUAAUCGGAAACCAUGCAGCUCCAUCUUAUGGAAUUCCAGCUUCUCAUCAUCAGUAUCAAGGAGUCAGAAUGCCUUUUGCACCUCCAGCUGGUCACAACUACUUUCCUUCGUAUGGCAUGCCAGCCAUUAAUCCAGCAAUCUCAUCUUCACCUGUCGAUCAAUCAAGUCAGUUCGUUGCUCAAGGUUUACAAGGUCAGUUAUCAGGAGGAGGAGCUAAUUUUUCUGUUCAACGUCAGAACUCAAGUAACAUGCCAAGCAAUAAGAAUGGGACAGAUGUGAAAUCUCAUUCCUAUAGAGAUGCUGAGAUGCAGGCCAGCACUGCAAGCAGUCCAAGUGGAACAGCUAACAAAAUAAUUGUGGAUAACGCCACAGAGCGAAGAAAUGUUCUUCCUCUAUUCCCAACUUCUCCAGCUACCAAGAACCCGGAUAUAAGCUCCCAACCUCAAGUUCCUAGUCAUCAUGCUCGAGUCAUCAAAGUCGUACCUCGUAAUGCAAGGUCUGCCACAGAAUCUGCUGCUCGGAUUUUUCAGUCUAUUCAAGAAGAGAGAAAACAAUACGACUCUGGUGUUAAUUAAUCAUCUAUAGACAGUAGUUAUCUAGUCAUGAAUGUGACCAGUAGUUCAUUAUGAUGUGUUUAUGUAUAAUUUCUUGUAACCUUUUAGAUAACAAUAUUGUAACUGGAAUUUAUUUGGUAAGUGAGUCAUUUUGUAAAUAACAUACUUACCUUGUAAUUAUAUCACUAUUACAUGAUUUUUCUUCC